GUUGCCAUGGCGACUGAUGAUAGACCAAUAACUAUCAGCAAUGCAUCAUGAAGAGAGAGAGCAGCAGAGCUGCGUUAAGGAAGAGGGCGGUCUCUCUUUACUCUGAGUCUCCAGUCAGACACGAAAAACGUCAAAUGAAGGAGAGAAACCAUGAAGGAAACACAGCAGAGUCUGCUGCUCUGUCUGAGUUUCCUGUUGGGCUGCAGAAUAAACCGAGUCCUCCCAGUUCAUCUGACUGUGAGUCCCAGCAGAUCUCAGUUCUUUAGAGGAGAAUCAGUGACUCUGAUCUGUGAGGAAGAAAACAGAUCUGAUGGAUGGACUGUGAGGAGAAACACGACCUUAGAGACCAGGACUGAGUGUGAUAAAGAUGGAUGGUGGAGAAAAGAUGGAUUUACCUGUAAAACCAGCAGCAUCAGAGAACAUGAUACUGGUCUGUACUGGUGUGAGUCCAUGUCUGGAUCCUCCAGCAGCAGCAGCAGCAUCCAGCUCUCUGUCUCUGGUGGAUCAGUGAUCCUGCAGAGUCCUGUCCUCCCUGUGAUGGAGGGAGAUGACGUCACUCUGAGCUGCAGAGCAAAGAAUCCAACCCACAACCUCCCAGCUGCUUUCUAUAAAGAUGGCUCCUUCAUUGGUGAUGGACCAUCAGGUCACAUGACCCUCCUCCAUGUUUCCAGCUCUGAUGAAGGCCUCUAUAAAUGUAACAUCAGCCAUCAUGGAGAGUCUCCAUCCAGCAGGAUCUCUGUCAAAGAAAAACCAACAACCACUUCUGGUCCUCCACCUACUCCAUCACCUCCAUCAUCAUCAUCACCUUCCUCCCAGUCUGAUCUCUACAUUUCUCUAUCAUGUGUGAUUGUUGUGGUUUUCCUGCUGGUUCUACUGGUUCUGCUGGUUCUACUGGUGAAGAGACGUCGUCACAAAACAAAAGCUGAUAAAGGAGACGACGUCACAUACAGCGACGUCCAGAUAACUCAGCUUCAUCAGCAGAGACCCAAAGAGAGUCCUUCAUCUGCCAUCUACUCAGACGUGAGAACAGACGGGAUCAGUUAUGGAGAAAUCAACAUCAGAACCAACAGAACCAGAGAAGUUCGACUAGAUACCAACAUCAUCUACUCUUCACUGAGGAGGCCAUUUCACUUGAGCCAGGUGACUGGGUCUACAUAAAGGUCAUCAAACGAAAGAACUGGGCGAGUCCACGGUGGGAAGGACCGUUCCAAGUGCUGAUGACCACACCAACAGCUGUAAAGAUUGCUGAAAGGCCCAGCUGGAUACAUCUUAGUCACUGUAAGCGGCAGAGAGUGUUGGACCCCUAAUUCGGAGUAGAGAGGAAGGAGAGCUUCGGCUCCCGGGCUACAAAGGCGUCCUACUUUUUAGUAUAGUUCGUCUCAAUCCCGGUGAAGAACUGCUAAGAUUCUCACUCUUUUAGUUUGGGGGUUCUGACAUCUCUGCACGCCGAGCAGUAAUGGGGACUCCAUAUGCCAGAUGGAUCUUCUACUGUGCUGUGACUGCUGUAUGUUUGAUGUUUGGAGAAGGAAGCGAGCCUGAGUUCCACCCACACGACUACAGCACCAACUUGUGGUGGAAACUGAUGAAUAGAACUGCUUAUGAAGGACAUGCUGUGAACUGCUACGUGUGUGCGCAGCUGCCGGUUUCCAUACACAACUCAGGUCUCCGACCAGGGACGUUGCCCUGGAACUUGUGUAAUAGAGUUUACACCUACUGCGAACCGACACAGGAUUACAUCACCUGCAUAGCCUGCAGGGGUCAAAGGACGACUCCACACUGCAAAGUCUGGAAGGAAAACCCAGACUGUGACAACCUGCUUCAGGAGAGGAGUUUCAACAUCACACAUAAGAUAAAGAGGAGACAGGAGACAACACUGUGCAGCGCCAUAGUGCCAGGAGAUUAUGGCUCAAGGAUGUUAUCAGAUUGGUACUUCAUAUGCGGGAAUGAAGCGUACAUGUUCUUGCCGAAAAAUUGGGGAGGACUGUGUGCUGUGGUUCCUGUGAUCAACCCGAUUGCGUUCAUCAGGAAAGCACAGGAUGAUUUACACACCCGCUCCAAACUAACAGUUAUGUCAGAGGUCAAAAGAUGGGGAGGCCUCACAACACAUACUGGAGUUCCAUGGGAAUUCAGAAUUUGGAAUGGCGGAGAAA